AAAAACACAACACUCGCAACACACCACAUCUGCAUCAGUCUUCUGUGCCCUCCAUUAACUAGCUUUUUGCGGCUAUUGGAGACGGCCAGGCGAGAUGGACCCGAAUCUUGUCCGCUGUGCCAUCUGCGACUGGAUCAUCGAUUGGGACUCCAAUCUUACUCUUCCGAGACGCCGUGGGCAAACCAGUUUUGCACCCGUCUGUCUUCAACCUGUCGCACAUUCCCAUGCCCCCCGUUUUUCAUUCGCUGACGCGGCCGCAGUCCUCCACACUCCUGACGGCCUGCUGCUCACCGGGGUCAACAUUUACUACGGUCCAAGUUUAAGCGGCUUCAUACUCUGCGCCCCUUUCGACAAGGACGUGCGCUGGAGCGAUGUUAGGUUGAGGAAUCUGAUGACAACGAGUUUACUGUCUUGCCCAACACUGACUUCAGAGGUAGGCACGGUAUCGUCUUCCACGAUGCCUGCUGGAGCCUGCUGGAAGUUGCGUUGCAGCCCGCCCCGGUCUCGUUUCAACGCUUAUUUAACGUCUGCAGCUCGCUUCCGGUGCCGCGGAACUUUCGCGCUCCUACCUGGGGUCAUGAUUUUGGCGGAUCUGUUGUCGUCGACAAGACUACUCACUUUCCAUGGGAAGAUCGGUACGAGGUCCCAUGGCAACCGCCGACGCCCACGCAACCUGCUCGACCGUCGCCUCGAGCCUUGGCGUUGGAUUGUUUCUCAUCCCUGUUCGAGGAGCUGUGCUGAGCCAUCGCCAUGCUCCAUCCCACAGCAGAUGUCCUCCGCGCCCGCCUGGCGUCGCGAGCAUUAUUGCUCGUUAUCUACAGUGAACAGUUCCGGGAUGCACGAUUCAAGGGGCUGCUGCCCGCCGCCGAUCGGUCCUGGCUUGCUGAAGCUCGCCGUAUCCAAUCGCCAAGAGAUUGGCGGUGGCUCUACCGUUGGACGAACGACAUCUUCCUCAGCCCUGGCCCGCGAAAUAGGAGGCGGGUAUGGGGUCUCCUUGAACAGGUGGUGGAUAUUUUGGCUCUUGUCUGGAACGAGCUGUCCCCCUCCUUGCCGGAAGCUGGUCGUUGAACUCGGUACAACAUGCCACGGGCGCUGUGCAGAGGUGAAUGGCCUCCUCUGGAGUCCAGCUCGGCCGAGUGACAACCAGUUCCGCAAUGGAUGCCGUCUGUUUUCAACGCCAGAGCAUUGUAUUCCAGACAAUCUGGCGCAGCUUGUCCGUGUACACGGUUGCUUUUAGCGAUGGACAGUACGUCGUAGGAAUGUCUCUCGUCACCGUUGCCGGAGACAGCAGUCGUUGGGGUACAGUUCACGCUCCAAGCACUCCAUCAAUUGACUCAGAUCCGGAACUUCCACG